GCGCAUGCAAAUGAAUACAAGACCACUGUGCACUGCUGCUGGUUAACAUGACGACAAACGACUGUCCAGGCGACUUAUCUGCGCUGCAAACUUCAAAACGAUUUCGUUGCCACAGCGCGUAACAAGUUCGCGAAAUUUAAGUUCAAAGUUAGUUUAGAAAUAAUCAGAAAACUAUAUAAAUAUAGGAAUAUAUAUACGUAACACAUCCGUAUAUACAUAUAAGCAAUCAACAUGUCCACACCUGUCGGACCGGAGCCAAGCAGCUUAAUCUGCCCCAAUUGCCAUCAACAGGUGACCACGCGCACCGAGCCCAAGGCCACAAGCAAAACUCAUUUAUUGGCCCUCAUACUGUCCGCGCUCUGCUUGUGGCCCUGCGCCAUCGCCUUGUACUGCACGAAGUGUGCGCGCAGCACGGAUCACUUCUGCCCCUCGUGCAACAACUACGUUGGCACCUACGUGCGUUGACAUGAUUUCAGAUAGUUCGGCGCUAUAUAGUAUAUCCACAUAUAUACACACAUAUAGUAUAUACAUAUGCCAUAUGUAUAUAUAUUGUUGCACUGCUGCGGGCUUUUACUACAAGCAAAAGGUUUUUCUCUAUUUUCUCAUAAUGCAGCUGCAAAAGUAACUGUUUUUACAGUCAAGCUUCGCUUAAAUGCACAUUUUAGGUAUCCUCUAUUUGCUAUACCAAAUAUACCUCUAAUUCAAAUGUUAACUAAUAUAAAUCGCAUUUUUGUAAAGAGUUUGCAUG